AUUUUUAUGGAAGUUGAAAAAGUUAAUAUAUGGUUAGAUUGUGAUGUAGGGAAUGACGAUGCGAUGGCAAUCAUUUUGGCCUUGUUUCAUCCCAAGUCAAAUUUAAUGGGAAUCUCAACCUGUUUUGGAAAUACUUGGUAUAUUUGGUUAACCUAACGAAUUAGUCUUGAAAAUUGUACAAUCAAUACAAUAAGGAUCUUGAGUUCUGUGGGCAGAUCUGAUGUACCAGUAUUCAAAGGAGCAGAAUGUUCAUUAAAAUCUGUAAGGGCUACUACAAAAAUGCAUGGAAAUUAAGGUAAUAAGGGUUUAUACUCAAACAAAUAGGUUUAUAUGCAGCAGACAAGUUAAUCCAAAGUUUUGAACCGAUGUAAAAUAUCCCAUUGUAUGAUCUAAUUAAAAAGAGUGCUGGGGAAUAAAAGGUAUUAAUAUAGUGAGAAGAAUAGUUCGUAAUAGUAAUAACAGGACCGUAAACAAAUAUAGCAAUUUUAUUGAGAGAUCACCCAGAGAUCAUCCCUUAAAUUUAAGAGAUCGUUUUUAUGGGUGGAGCUUCAGGCUUUGGAAAUGCAACACCAAAUUCAGAAUACAAUAUUUAUUCAGAUCCAGAGGCAGCAUAAUUCGUAAUUGACACUUGCAAGUAACAUCAAUUGAAAUUAGUGAUGAUUGCCUUGGAUCUAACAUAUGUAAUCAAUAAAUUAAUUAUAUAGACAUGCUAAUUGGUUGAAUCACUGUAAUAGAGGAUCAAGGCAAUCAAUUCGAAGUUUUCAGAUUGGUGUUUGGAAAUGCUGUAGGAAUUCUAAGCAGCUUACAAGGCCCAAGAAUUCGAUUACCCCCCAAUUCAUGAUCGUAAUAAUCAUCUUGAACUCUAUAAUAGCCGUUGCUGUCUUUUAUGCUCUUCAUCCUGAGCUUUAUAUCACCAAACCGUUAUUUGUUGCUGUGGAUUGUGAAUCUAAAUUAUGCUACGGAAGAACGGUGGUUGACAAACAAGGGGUUCUUGGAUUAGAACCAACACUUGAAUUUGGUAGGAAAGUAUUAGUGGAAGAAUUCUGGAACUAAAUGAUUGAGGCCAUAAGAUUAGCAGCGAAAAAUUCUAAAUUAGAAUGA